UAGUGUACUGUCUUUGCCCAGACGGUCACGGCAUCCAUCAAUCGUUUCUGUCAGUUUAACCAAGUUCCCUUUGUUUGCGGACGUGAUGGACUCUAGCUGCGUUUAAAACCAGAACAGAUGUGACUAAUUGUUUGUUUCUUUCCGAGUGUUUUUAUUUUUUUAGUAGGUUGGAUGCUCAGUCAAGACAAGAUGAACAAGAGAGAGGAUGCAUAGUCCCUGAGAUUUUUUUGUGGUCCACUUGUAAAAUAACCAACCUGUUAUCUGUCUAUGAUGGCUUUUUGUUGCACUCGAGGACUGGAGUCCACAACCGUCGCUCUUUGAAAGUAAUGAUCUCACGAUACAAACCGAGUCCCGGUUCCAACAUGUCCUUGGCGUUCUGUGGGAACGAGAAUAACUCGUUGGCGUACAACGUGGACAGCGGCGUUCUCAACAACGGCUGCUUCCUGGACGCGCUCAACGUGGUGCCGCACAUCUUCCUGCUCUUCAUUACCUUCCCCAUCCUCUUCAUCGGCUGGGGCAGCCAGAGCUCCAAGGUGCACAUCCACCACAGCACCUGGCUGCACUUCCCUGGUCACAACCUGCGCUGGCUCCUCACCUUCGUCCUCCUCUUCGUCCUGGUCUGUGAGAUCGCAGAGGGCGUUGUCUCCGAUGGGUUCACCCAGUCCCUCCACCUGCACCUGUACAUGCCUGCAGGCCUGGCCUUCAUGGCGGGGAUCACCUCCAUCAUCUACUACCACAACAUCGAGACCUCCAACUUCCCCAAGCUACUGCUAGCCCUACUGUUCUACUGGGUCUUGGCCUUUCUGAUGAAAACCAUCAAGUUUGCCAAGUACACUGAGCACGGCAUCGGCCUGAGACAGCUCCGCUACGGCAUCACAGGACUCCUGGCCCUGAUCUACGGACUACUACUGGCUGUGGAAAUCAAUGUCAUACUGGGCAGGCGCUACCUGUGUUUCACUGAAGCUACAGAGGUGAAACCCCCAGAGGACCUGCAGGAUCUGGGGGUGAGAUUCCUGCAGCCCUUCGUCAACCUGCUGUCCAAGGCCACUUACUGGUGGAUGAACACCUUCAUCACAGCAGCCCACCGCCGCCCCAUCGACCUCAAGGUCAUCGGCAAGCUGCCCAUCGCCAUGCGAGCCCUCACCAACUAUCUGAAGCUCCGCAAGGCUUUCGAGAGUCAGAGGAGGCCUCUGGGCUCCAUGCCACAGGACCCUAAGUGGAUCUGGAGGGCCCUAUGCCAGGCGUUUGGACGUCCCCUCAUCAUCAGCAUCACCUUUCGCUUCCUGGCUGACCUGCUGGGCUUCGCUGGGCCUCUCUGUAUCUCUGGCAUCGUCCACCACAUCAGCAAGGAGAAUCGCACCAUACAGCCCCCGAUAAAGCUGCUGGGGGUCUACUUUAUCUCCUCUCAAGAGUUCUUGGCGAAUGCAUACGUGCUGGCCGUGCUGCUGUUCUUUGCCCUGAUCCUGCAGAGAACCUUCCUCCAGGCCUCGUAUUAUGUGGCCAUCGAGACGGGCAUCAACUUACGAGGGGCUAUACAGACUAAGAUCUACAACAAGAUCAUGCGGCUGUGCACCUCCAAUAUGUCCAUGGGAGAACUGACAGUGGGACAGAUCUGCAACCUGGUAGCCAUAGAUACCAACCAGCUCAUGUGGUUCUUCUUCCUCUGUCCCAACCUGUGGGCCAUGCCAGUCCAGAUCAUUGUGGGGGUUAUUCUGCUCUACUACCUCCUGGGGAUCAGUGCUUUGAUUGGGGCCACAGUCAUUGCUGUUCUGGCCCCUGUCCAGUACUUUGUGGCCACCAAGCUGUCCCAAGCACAGAAGAGCACCCUGGAGUACUCCAGUGAGCGGUUAAAGAAGACUAAUGAGCUGCUGCGGGGCAUCAAGCUGCUGAAACUGUACGCCUGGGAACACAUCUUCUGUCACAGUGUGGAGGAGACCAGGGGCAAGGAGCUCACCAGCCUGCAGGCCUUCGCCCUCUACACAUCCAUAUCUAUAUUCAUGAAUGCAGCCAUCCCUAUCGCUGCUGUCCUGACUACGUUUGUGGUCCAUGUGCACAUCUCUGAGGAGGCUGACCUGUCACCUGCUGUGGCCUUCGCGUCCUUAUCCCUGUUUCACAUCCUGGUCACUCCUCUCUUCCUGCUCUCCAGCGUGGUGCGAUCUACAGUCAAGGCCCUGGUCAGUGCCCAGAAGCUGAGUGAGUUCUUCAGUAGUGAUGAGAUUGGAGACGAGCAGGAGCCCAACGCUACCAUGCCCGCUGGCCCCAGCAACCACAACAGCAAGUACCAGGCUGUGCCCCUGAAGGUGGUGAACAGGAAGAGGCCCCCCAGGGAAGACUGCUGGAACAACUACAGCCAGAAGGGAGGCGACCCGCCCCCCCAGGAGAGGGACCAAGACCUCUGCUUCAGGAUAACCAGCGGAUAUUUCACCUGGACAGACGGACCUCCCACCCUGUCUAACGUAGACAUCAAGGUUCCCUUCGGUCAGCUGACUAUGAUCGUGGGCCAGGUGGGUUGUGGGAAGUCGUCCCUGCUGCUUGCAGCUCUGGGAGAGAUGCAGAAAGUCUCUGGGACUGUCACCUGGAACAGUUUGCCCAACCUGGACUCUGAAGGCGAUGAGAGCCCCACAUCAGACAAGGAUGCAGCUGGUGAUGGGGAUAUUCAGAAGAGAGGCUCUGUGGCUUAUGCUUCCCAGAAGCCCUGGCUGCUCAACGCGACGCUGGUGGAGAACAUCACCUUUGAGAUGCCCAUGAUCAAACCCAGGUACAAGGCUGUCAUCGAGGCGUGUUCCCUGCAGCCGGAUAUCGACAUCCUGCCACAGGGAGACCAGACGGAGAUCGGAGAGAGGGGUAUAGUUCUAUCUGGCGGGCAGCGCCAGCGUAUAGGUGUGGCCAGAGCCCUGUACCAACAGGCCAACGUGGUCUUCCUGGAUGACCCGUUCUCAGCGCUGGACAUUCACCUGAGUGACCACCUGAUGCAGGAGGGCAUCCUCAAACUGCUGAGAGAAGAGAAGAGGACUGUGGUGCUGGUCACUCACAAGCUACAGUACCUACCCCACGCUGACUGGAUCGUAGCGAUGAAGAACGGGACCACUCAAACCGAGGGGACUCUGAAAGACAUCCAGAACUCUGAACCGGAGCUGUUUGAACAGUGGAAGACCCUGAUGCACCGGCAGGACGGAGAGUUUGAGAAGGAGACAGUGCCUGAGAGUAUGACGGUGUUGGAGCGCAAGAACCUGCGGAGAGCCAUGUACUCCAAAGAGGCCGCCAAGACUGAGGAGGAGGACAAAGAAGAGUCUGUGGACAGUGACGAGGAUGACAAUCUGUCCCAGGCCAUGCGUCACCGCACCACCAUCCCCUGGCACUCCUGUGGGGUCUACCUGUCCUCUGCAGGGCUCCUCCUCCUGCUGCUGCUCCUCCUAUCACAGCUCUUUAAACAUUCCCUCAUGGUUGCCAUCGACUACUGGCUGGCCCACUGGACCUCACGCGUCAUCAAUGCCAAGAUGGAAGCCACCGGGAGGAACUGCACUGUCGCUCAGGAGUGUGGGUUCAGCCACUCGUGGUACCUGUCGGUGUUCAGUGUGUUGUGCUGUCUGGGCAUCGUUCUGUGUCUGGUCACCUCUGUGGCCGUUGAGUGGACAGGCCUGAGAGUGGCCAAAGAACUACACCACAACCUGCUCAGCAAGAUCAUACUGGCCCCUAUGAGGCUGUUUGAGACCACUCCCCUGGGCAGCAUCCUCAACAGGUUCUCCUCUGACACCAACACCAUAGACCAGCACAUCCCUGCCACCCUGGAGUGUCUGAGUCGCUCCACCCUGCUGUGUGUGUCGGCCCUGGGGGUCAUCUCCUACGUGACCCCUGUGUUCCUCAUUGCUCUGGUGCCUCUGGCCAUCGCCUGCUACUUCAUACAGAAGUACUUCCGGGUCGCUUCUAGGUAUGAGCCCAAGUUCAGACAGAGGUUACUGUUCACUAUUAACAACAUGCUGUUCUUUGUCACAGCAGCCAACAUGGCUAGGGAGUACAUAGGUGCCUGUGUGGUUCUGAUAGCAGCUGUGGCCUCCAUCUCUAACUCUCUGUAUAACCACCUCUCCACUGGCCUGGUAGGACUAGGACUCACCUAUGCACUCAUGGUGUCCAACUACCUGAACUGGAUGGUUCGUAACCUGGCAGACAUGGAGGUUCAGCUGGGUUCAGUCAAGAGAAUCAAUGGUCUGCUGCAGACUGAGCCUGAGAACUACGAAGGACUGCUCACUGCAUCUCAGGUGCCAGAUGGCUGGCCACAGCAGGGGGAGAUUCAGAUUGAGAACCUGAGUGUGCGUUACGACACCACCCUGAAACCUGUCCUCAAACAAGUCAACGCACACAUCAGCCCUGGGCAGAAGGUGGGGAUCUGUGGCAGGACAGGAAGUGGGAAGUCUUCCUUCUCCCUGGCCUUCUUUCGCAUGGUCGACAUGUUCGAGGGGCGUAUCAUCAUAGAUGACAUUGACAUCGCCAAGCUGCCUCUGCAGACCCUGAGGUCUCGAUUCUCCAUCAUCCUCCAGGACCCCAUCUUAUUCAGCGGAACCAUCCGGUUUAACCUGGACCCAGAGAUGAAGGCUACUGAUGACAUGCUGUGGGAGGCUCUGGACAUCGCUCAGCUAAAACCUGUAGUCAAGACCCUACCAGGAGGACUGGACGCCACAGUGACAGAGGGAGGGGAGAACUUCAGCCAGGGCCAGAGACAGCUCUUCUGUCUGGCCAGAGCCUUCGUCAGGAAGUCUAGCAUCCUCAUCAUGGACGAAGCCACAGCCUCUAUAGACAUGGCCACGGAAAGCAUCUUACAGAAGGUGGUGAUGACUGCCUUCGCUGAUAGAACAGUGGUUACUAUAGCACAUCGUGUCCACACCAUCCUGAAAGCAGACCUGGUGAUCGUGAUGAAGCGAGGGCUCAUUCUAGAAUACGACAGACCCCAGGCGCUGCUGGAGAAAGAGGACAGUGUCUUCGCCUCCUUCGUCAAGGCGGACAAGUGACCGAUGAGAAAGAGGGGAGGACAUUCCAAAGUGCAAUUGUACCAUGGGCUAUAUAUUAUAAUUUUAUUUUCUAAUUCUGUAUGAUAUUCGGAACAUUAAAUAUGAAUUCUUUGUUAAUAAAAAAACAACAUAAAUACUCAUUGUGCAGCAGUGUUUUGCAUACAGUUUAGUGACAGGAAGGUAGAUUUGUGUGACCUCACACUGUACAGAGCAAUGACUCGGCUGUGGAAGGCUGGGUCAGAAUGACACUAAUUGACUCUGGGGUUGAUCUAGAAAUGGGUCGCAUUCCCCUGCUCAGACGUUGCAUGCAUCAACCAACGGUUGCGUGCCACAUCAUCGACUGUGCCGUCGGGCACCAGAUUGCUAUAACAUAUGUGGUUAGGUGAUAUGUAAAAUACCUAUCCAGGCAUAAGCUCUGGCAUGCGCCAGCAACGCCUGGGCAGAGGAACGCUCCAACAGUCAAUAGUAACUGAGAAGCUUGUGAAUCAUGGAGUCAUUCACCACUACCAUAAACCGGCCUCGCACUCUCUGACAUGUGAGCCCUGAUUGGAUGCUCGGGGGCCAGACACCCUUUUGACUCUCUAGAGCCACGUUCAACAGCCAAGCAUUGUCGAACGUUGCAGAUAGAAAUUAAACUAAUAGAGCCGACGUGAUUCGUUAUUCUACAGGUCAGAGAUGCAUGUUUGUUCUAUAUAGCAUCUUUCUAUCUGAACGUUCCAAAACGUUGCCUAGUGAUGAACGCAUCCCAGAAACAAAAAAUGUAGGACGUGAAUCAUAGCCUUGUAAACAGCAUGAGAGGGACUGAGAUUAUGUAUGUUUUGGCCUACUAUCCGAGAUAAAGAAAAUAGUUUAGUGUGUUGCCUAAUUAUAUUCUUAACAAUGUAUUGUCAUUAGUGUUUGGGAAGAUUGUCUGUCAUUGGGAAUGUAUGAAUAACCUUCUAGGGUGAAUUUAGAAUGCAUUUCCGUCUUCUGUAACCUCUUCAGACAUCUAUCCAACAUGUUAAUCCAACACAUGAUCUCUGAAAUCCUCAAAGAGUUUCCUAAUCCCACAAAAAGUGUUUUAUCUUCACAGGAGGCAUGACACGCCCGUUUGUGACCACUGAGUCAACCAUAUUUUCAGUUUGCAUUUGGAAGACUGGGACAGCAGGAUCGAUGAACUGGGACACCAUUAUUGUAGUCCUAAUUGUUCCCGAAUGACAAUUCAAUUUUGUGUGAUUAUCUGGGAAUUUCAGAAAUAUAUCAUGUGUUGGACUAAUAUGUUAGAUGUCUGAAGAGGUUACAGAAGACAGAAAUCCAAACAGUAUCCCACUUUUUCUGAAUUCACUCAGAAAUUGUACACUACAAAAUGAGCAAUAUAUGCAGUACCAGUCAAACGUUUGGACACACCUACUCAUUCCAGGGUUUUUCUUUAUUUUUUAGUAUUUUCUACAUUGUAGAAUAAUAGUGAAGACAU